CCACCGGGACGGGACGGGGGUGCGACCCCGCGGAAGGGCCCCCGAAGCCGCCGUGGGAAGGCGGGGAGCGGCACCGGAACGGGAGAGGGGCGGCAGGACGACCCCCUUUGCAGCCCUGGUGGGACCAAGGAGUCCCGCCGGGACCCCCAGGACCACCGAGACCCCCAGCGCUGCCAGGACCCCCCAACCCCACCGGGACCCCCCAGCCCCACCAGGACCCCCCAGCCCCACUAGGACCACCACAGUACCAAGCUCUGCUAGGACCCCCCAGCUUUGUCGGGACCUCUGGGGUCCCCAGACCCACCAGGACUCCCCGGGGUCUCAAGCCCUGCUGGGACUCCCGAACCCCAUCAGGACCCCCGGAGCCCUAUCAGGACCCCCCCACACACUAUCAGGACCCCCGGGGAUCUCAGUCCUUCUAGGAUCGGGGUCGCAGCCAUGACCAUCCCACUCUAAGGCGGUUCAGUCCCCCCUUUGCUGCCCCAUCCCGGGGGUCCCGCAGGUGGGGCACCCCCGGCCUCUCACCCACUGUGUCCCUGUCUCCCUUCCGAGCUUUAGGAAACCCCAGCGAGCACCCUUGGAGUGGGUGACCCCCAAUGCGGGGGGGCUCGCAGUGGGCCCCCCCUCCCCAGACCCCGCCGGUGACGCAGAGCCGAGCGGUGGUUUCCCAACCGGGAAGUCAUUUUGUGAGUGCCGGCACAGGCCGGGCCUAAGCUGCCCUCGCCGGGGCCACCCAGCACCCAGCCGGGCUGAGACCAGACACAGCUCAUCGCAGGGGUGGCCUGAGGGCGUGUGGGGGGCGUGAGACCCCCCCAGAGCGGGGAAUUGGGGCAGCUGCAGCCCGUAGGACCCACCGACAGAACCGGCUGGAGCCGGGAGAGCGCUCGGAUCCAGCGCCCGCAUCCAGCGCCCGCCGUCGCCCUUCGCUGGGCACGAGGACGUGAGGCCCCGUGCCAGCCAGCUGCUCCUGCCCACGCCGUGCCGGCCCCAGCGGGUGCCCCGCAGUGUCCCCAUGGAGUGACCCCGCGGGGGUCUCGGCGCCGGGGGGACCCUGGCUCCCGCCACCAGCAUGAGCGACUUCUGGCACAAGCUGGGCUGCUGCGUCGUGGAGAAGCCCCAGCCUAAGAAGAGGAGGAGGAGGAUCGACCGCUCCAUGAUCGGGGAGCCCAUGAACUUCGUGCACCUGACGCACAUCGGCUCCGGAGACAUGGCCGCGGGAGAGGGGCUGCCCAUGAUUCCUGGCGUUUUCAGCCCGAACUUGAACUGCCCCCCCGCCCCCGCUGGAGGAGAGGCCGCCUUGGAGCCCCGCGGUAUUUAUGCAGCACCAGCCUCGCCCAGCUCCCGGUGACUUCUGGUCGUCAUUCCCCCGGGAAAUCUCUCCUUCCCGGGGGCAUCGGGCGGUGACACGGGGAGGGGGUGGGGUUAACAGCCCCCUCCUCCUGCCCCACCUGGGAAGGACACAGCCACCCCCUGGACCGUGCCAGGAGCUGCCAGGCGCAGCCCACGCGUGCCAAACCUUCCCGGGGUUCCCUUUGCCUGCUCUGGUGUGUCCCGUGGGCUGCCCGGUGGUGCCUCCUGGGAUGGCACAGAGGAGCAAAACCGGGAUUAAGCCCCGACAUUCUGGUGCCAAACCGGGCUCGAACCCGAGAUAUUCCGGUGCAAAGCCAGGAUAUGGUGUCAAACGGGGAUUAAACCCUGAUGCUUUGGUGCCAAACCAGGAUCAAACCCCGGCACUCCGGUGUCUCACCAUCACCGAGCCCGCAGUGCCUCCCCCCGGCAUUCCCACCACUGCCAAACUCCCCCCUUUUUUUAGGAUAUGUUCUUUUUUUUAAACUCCUAAACCCCCCUGAGCAGCUUCUGUGGGGGCAAGGCCGUGUUGGGGUCCCCUCCACCCAGGACUGUCACCUGCAGAGGCAGGACCAGAGCCCGACCCCAGGAGGCUCCCGAAUUCAGGCGCGGGUGUAAAUAGUUUAAUUAGCGCCAUUUCAUUAGGAUUAAACGUUAAACAGCC